AUGGUGGACGCUGAUACUGAAGUCUUACCCGACUCGUUGAAUCGUCUCGUCUCUGCUUUCAUGCACGAUACACGAGUCAUGGGAUUGUGCGGUGAGACGACCUUGGCCAAUGAGAAGGACACCUGGGUUACUAUGAUUCAAGUGUAUGAAUAUUAUAUUUCUCAUCACUUGGCAAAGGCGUUUGAAUCUCUCUUUGGAUCAGUAACUUGUUUACCAGGAUGUUUCUGUAUGUAUCGCGUACGCACGCCGGACACGCACAAGCCAUUGUUGAUCAGCACUGCAGUUAUGGAAGAUUAUGCCGAGAAUCGUGUUGAUACUCUUCACAAAAAGAAUUUACUUCAUCUUGGUGAAGAUCGUUACCUGACCACUCUGAUGAUGAAGCAUUUCCCCCAUAACAAGAUGACUUUUGUGCCCGAUGCUCAGUGUAAGACGAGUGCCCCUGAUACAUGGACCGUGCUGAUAUCCCAGCGUCGUCGAUGGAUUAAUUCCACUGUGCACAAUCUUAUGGAGUUGGUCUUUUUGCCUCAACUCUGUGGUUUUUGCUGUUUCUCUAUGCGCUUCGUGGUCUUGCUUGACUUGUUUGGUACCAUUGUUAUGCCUGCCACGGUGGCUUAUCUCGGCUAUCUAAUAUACUGCAUUAUUGUUGAUCCGACAACCAUUCCGAUUACCUCACUUGCAUUGCUAGGUGCAGCGUACGGUUUGCAAGCUAUUAUAUUCAUCUUGAGACGCAAAUGGGAACAUGUUGGAUGGAUGAUUGUAUAUAUUCUGGCUAUUCCAGUGUUUUCUUUCUAUCUACCAUUAUACGCCUUUUGGCACUUUGACGACUUUUCAUGGGGUAACACUCGUAUGGUAGUUGGUGAGAGAGGUAAGAAGAAAUUAGUGUCAGACGAGGGCAAGUUUGAUCCGAAAAGUAUACCGAAAAAGAAGUGGUCAGACUAUGAACAGGAACUGUGGGAAGUCGGUUCGGAAGAAUCAGUUCAGACAAGAGUGUCAGAUAAAUCGUAUCGAAGUCAUUCCUCGAGAAAAGCUGGUUCCGUCGCUGGUUCGAAAUUCGGAUCUACAUAUGGAGACUUUCAUGAAGAAUAUGGUCAGCGUGGUAGGUCUCGAUCGCCAGUUCCGCGUUAUACAGGAGACGACCGUCGCACUUCACGUGCAUUAUCAAAUGUUGCAUCUCAGCAUCCGGGCGAUUACAUGUCACAACGGGGCUCGCAAUACUUGUCGAGUCGAGCAGGAGAGUACGAAUAUUAUGGUGGCAAUUCUAGACCUGUAAGCAUGGCAGAAGGUGGUCACUAUGCUAAAGAUAUUGUUCCGGCUGAACCAAGCGAUGAAGAGAUCCUUCAGGAGAUAAGAAGUAUCCUCUCAGCAGCAAAUCUCAUGAAUGUAACCAAAAAACAAGUACGCGAUGAGCUUUCUAUGCGGUUUGGAUUUGAUAUGAAUUCGAAGAAAGAGUACAUUAACAACUGUAUAGAAUUGUUUCUGCAAGGAAAACUGUAG